AUGCCCUACAUUUCAGCGUCCGGCCAAGUCGAGCAACGCCGCUCGCCGCUGAAGGCCAUCGUCGCCUUCCUCUGGGCCAUUCUGGACUUUUUCGUGACCUUCUUCAAGACAAUGUUCCAACCUACCAAAGGCCACAGCAUGUCAUCCGUUGGGCAAGAGCGACGCAAGUUUGAUGGGCGCGGCGGCGGCAAUCCUGGCGACGAUCGACGCAUUGGACGGCUCGGUGGCUCAUCAAGUAUGAACGUGCCAUGCGCCCCUGGUGGUUGA